GUAGUACCAGUUAUAAUAUUAGUAGAAUUCGUAUCGUCAUCGUUGCCAAAUACGCCGGUACGCCGCUGUUUUCACGGGUAACAGAGAUUUUUUUCUCUGAGAGAAUCGCCACGCGACUCCGCGACCGAUAUUUAACAACGAUGAUCGUGCAGCGACGGUCUCGGUCUUAAUUUGAAUCGUUUACUCGUGUGAUCUUGGGGAACGAGACCGCGAGAGUUUAUUUUCAUUCGGAAUUCCAUCCCGGAGUGACCGUGUCACAUUUUACAUUGACCGUUUCCUAAUCGAUAGACGCGCGAACAUCGAUUGCAGCGCUUAGCAGUGGAACAAGUGGCAGUACGAUACCGUCGUCACAGCUCCCCGUCACGGGAGCACUUUAUUCCUCGUCGUACCGUCUCGCACAAGACGAGAUGUGCUGCUGUAUCACCGCCGUGCGCGAUGCCCUGUCUCCUCGGACGAACGACGGCCGUGUUUAAAAACAGAGAUAAUGACGUGGCGCGGUACGACCGAGCCAACGGAAGUGCACGGACGUAGUUACGGAUGAAGCACAAGAAGGGUAACCCGGACGAGGAGGAGGCGGAAGAAGACGAAGAAGGCGAAGGAGACGAAGAAAAAGCGAACAGCAUCGCUAGAGCAGAGGACAGAGGUGGAGUGGCUUCGAGACAGCACGUCGCGCGAACCCCGAGAAGGAACGACAACAGGAAGAGGAACAGGAACCGCGUGAUUCGUCUCUGUCCCGAGAGCUGAGCGUUUGAUGCUGAGUGAGAAGAGGUUCGAGGACGACUCAACGCUGGCGGACGGGGAACGUAAUGGAAGUGCCGUGGUCACGGGCCCGGUGCUAUCGUCGUCGUCGUCGUGUACGGUGCCCUACAUCGGCACCGAUCAGGGUUUCGUGUUCGAGGGUGGCGGCACGACGACGUUGCAGCGGGCUGGUGCAGCCGGCGUGCCGGUCGCUAGCUGCACCGGUAGUGGAGGAGGAGCCCUCCUCGGUAUCGGAGUUGGUGGUAGCAGUUUGAUCGGGCCUUCGGGUGUCAGCAUGGGCGGUGGAGUGACCGGAGGAGGUGGCGGGCUCGCCGUCGGUGGGGGUAAAACCGGCGGGGCGAACAAAGAGGUGCGAUACGCACCGUUCUCGACGACCGUGGGCCCGACCGGCACGGUGGGUCCGGUAAGUCUGCCACCGCCACCUCUGCCGCCGCCUUUGCCACCGCCGUUGCCACCGCCGCCGCCGCCGCUACCGCCACCGCCCCUGCCGCUGCAGAUGCAGCAGCAGCGUGCCUUCUCGAGGUCGAUGACGUCCCUUCCGCCUGAGCCGUUCAUGAUCAUGAGAUCGAAGGCCCUCAACAGACGGGUCUCGAUCAACGUUGGCGGUGUCAAGCACGAAGUGCUCUGGCGCACCCUCGAGAGGUUGCCGCACACGCGACUAGGCCGGUUGAAAGACUGCAACACUCACGAGGCGAUCACCGAAUUGUGCGAUGAUUAUUCGCUGAUCGACAACGAGUAUUUCUUCGACCGUCAUCCGAAGUCUUUCAGCUCGAUACUAAAUUUUUAUCGCACCGGCAAGCUGCACCUGGUCGAUGAGAUGUGCGUGCUGGCGUUCAGCGACGAUCUCGAAUACUGGGGCGUCGACGAGCUGUACCUGGAGAGCUGUUGCCAGCACAAGUACCACCAGAGGAAGGAGCACGUCCACGAGGAGAUGCGUAAGGAAGCGGAGUCGCUCAGGCAAAGGGAGGAGGAGGAAUUCGGCGAGGGACAGUGCGCGCAGUACCAAAAGUGGCUCUGGGAUCUGUUGGAGAAGCCGACCACGUCCAUCGCUGCAAGGGUGAUAGCUGUGAUAUCAAUACUCUUUAUUGUGCUUUCGACGAUCGCACUAACUCUCAACACCAUUCCUAGUAUGCAAGUGAAUGAUGAGAAGGGAAACUUUCAAGACAAUCCGCAGCUCGCUAUGGUGGAGGCCGUGUGCAUCACAUGGUUCACGCUCGAGUACGUGCUUAGGUUCAGUGCGUCGCCGGACAAGUGGAAGUUCUUCAAGGGCGGUCUGAACGUGAUCGACCUGUUGGCGAUCCUCCCGUACUACGUAUCGUUGUUCCUGGUCGAGACUAACAAGAACGCGACCGACCAGUUCCAGGACGUGCGCAGGGUAGUACAGAUAUUUCGUAUAAUGCGGAUCCUGAGGAUCCUUAAGCUGGCCCGGCACUCGACCGGUCUCCAGAGCCUCGGUUUCACCCUGCGCAACUCGUACAAAGAGUUGGGCCUGCUGAUGCUCUUCCUGGCGAUGGGUGUCCUCAUAUUCUCGAGCCUCGCCUACUUCGCCGAGAAGGAGGAGCCCGGGACCAAAUUCAUAAGCAUUCCAGAAACCUUUUGGUGGGCGGGCAUCACAAUGACAACCGUCGGAUACGGCGACAUCUACCCUACGACCCCGCUCGGCAAGGUGAUCGGCAGUGUGUGUUGUAUAUGUGGUGUCCUGGUAAUCGCGUUGCCCAUUCCCAUUAUCGUAAACAACUUCGCCGAGUUCUACAAGAACCAGAUGAGGCGCGAGAAGGCGCUCAAGAGGCGGGAGGCCCUAGAGAGGGCCAAGAGGGAGGGCAGCAUCGUUUCCUUUCAUCACAUCAACCUGAGGGACGCGUUCGCCAAGAGCAUGGACCUCAUCGACGUCAUCGUCGACACCGGUCACAAUAUGUCCGGCGUGGAUGGUAACAGCACCGAGGGCGAGUCCGCGUGCGGACGCGGCCCAGCCCAGACCGGGCCCGGCUGUUACCGUAACUAUGAGCAUUACAGCAUCUCGCGACACCGUCGCAGCGCGUCCACCUGCUUCCCGAACCUGCCUAAUGACAUGCCGAACACACCGGACAGCCCGAACCGUCGCCUCCUGGACUUUGCUCAAAGCGUGCCUGGCACGCAGAACGACGACUACUAUCAAGACGAGGUGCCGGCCCAACACGUGAACCAGGGCAACACCACGCCUAGCGAUGAGGAGAAAAAAGACAGCAGAAAAUUCGAGAAAAAUGAUGAAAUACCUAGCGAAUUCGAGUGUUGCUUUUGUACUACGAAGGAGUACAAAGAGUUCAGGGACGCAGAAAAUAUAAUGCCGUUGGCGACCAGCGACUUUCGUAACCCGAUCUGCCAGGAGAUGAAAUCCCUUCGGGCGGGCGCGGCGCUCGCCGCGGAACAGGCCAUGCACCAGCUGAUCUUCGCCCAGGAGACGAAGGCGGUGUCCCCGGCGCAACCGGCUUCCACCGACGUGGCCACCGUUUACGGGAAGAUGUACAACGAGCAGGGGAGCGUCGACAGCUCCGACACGUAUGCCAGCUGCCAAACGCAUCCGUCUCAUUCACAGGUCUCUUCUGCUGGUCAUUCGGCGGAUAACAAUAAGGGUGAUUUGACGGAGGAAGCGGACAGUAACUUGUACGUGAAUCCCCUGGAGGCAGCGGAGAAGUGCGGGAACAGAGUAAAGAAAUCGGCUUCCGGAGAAGUUGGUCGCAACAUCAGCGAAGCGUCACCGAGCGUCGAAUCGUUAAAGGAUAUCCGGCCCUUUAUCGAGAGUAGGAAAGUUACCCUAAACGAUACGGUGCCCAAGCAUAGAAAAAUUCGGAUUCAACAGAGCGUGAGACCACGCGCGCAAUUUAUCAGCGACCAGGAGAGCAUCGUGGCACGUAGCGUCGUAAAAGAGGAGCCCGAGGAUAGUAAUUAUUACAAAGGUCUACGGGGUGGUAAACCGUUCGCGACGACCAACAGCAGCUUGGCUUCGGCGACGAGGAUCAUAAAUCAUCAUCUGUUCGGAUCCGUGAGCGGACCCAGGCAUUACACAGGAACGAACAACGAAAGCAAGCUAUCCCUUUCCGCCGAUUCGAUAGACAGCGAGGGCGUACCGUUCAUAGACUGCAAGCAGCGAGCGAUCUCCAAGUCGAUACUGAAGAAGUCCGAGUCCAGCAAUAAUUAUUACAGCAACGCCGGUGAUUCGGACACGGAGAAGUUGAUCACCGACAACGCGUCGACCGUCAGCGUGUGCGACAACGAGACCAGCACGUGCGACACGUUCGUUGGCAAUGGAACGAAGAUCGGCAAGCGACCCGUCUCGCCGUCGUUGUCCAGACAGGUGUUCGAGUCGAUCUUCCGUACGAACAACAAUAUAGAGAAGGACAACGAGACGGAUCGAACCGAGGAGAAGAGUCGUGCCACCAAAACGAGCAAAUCGAUGUUCGACGACGUCCUCGAAGAGGAGAAAUACGCGCAGGACGAGGCGAUGACCGAAAACAAGAACAAGGAGACGGAGCGGAAGAGGUCCAGGAGCAGAACAGAAGAACCGUCGUCGAAGGACGGUCAGGCGAUGCUGAUAUGCUCGUCGCGGUCGCACAAGGUGAGAAAACUGAACGCCGAAGAGAAGCGCAAGGCGAGGGUCAGCAGAGCCACUGACACGAACUGUCUUCCUCAAGAACAUCGUUUCUCGUCGUAGCCGCGAUGAUCGAUCUCGUUUCCCCGUGUAGCAACGUUAUGCAAUUAUUCUGUGUCGCAUAAAAUUAGAUGCAAGAACGGACAAUGAAUCGCUCGAGCCGCGUCGCUGUUGUUUGUUUUAGAAACGCCGCGCCGUUAGCCACGUUAAAUAAAUAUAAUAAAAUAGGGGGCCGUGGGUCUGCGUUUCAGCCAGACUUUUUUCUGUAAAUACGCGUACAUGCAAUUGAUCAGGUUUUUAAGACAAUGAUACACGUUCGAUAAUAUUAUAAUAUAAAUUAUUAAAGAGGAAGGACAGGUGGAAGAAAUUAUAAACGUAUUUUCGAAGAACGAAAGGGGGGGAAGAAGAAUUAGGAAGCCCAGGGGAUUGUAAUUAUGUUUAAAGAAACAGCGUUCGAAAGGAAGAGAUAUCAAACGAGUAAAGAUGAAGCUAAUGAUUCUGAAUAUGAUACGGUAGCAAAUAACAAAUCUUUAGGCAAUACGCUUUUCCUCGUUCGCUAAAUAAAAUGGUAAGAAGAAAAAGACAGAGUUUGACGAGGUACGUUUUAAUUUAAAUGAUCAGGGGGCCGGCGUUACUCUCUUCUCUCGUCUAAUCCCGUUAAAAAUUAGGGAAGCUUUGCGUGUCGCAAACGGUGUAAAUGUAUAUGCAUUAAAUGGCAUAGUGACGAAAAUACGCGAUCAACCAAUCUAUAAAUAAUAAUAAUAAUAAUAAUAAUAAUAAUAAUAAUAAUAAUAAUAAACCGUCAUUCCGGGGUCUCUGCAAUUACCGAGGCGAUGAUUCAUGGACCUUUACAGUCCCUGAUCAGCCAGGAUGCAGGUACUAACCGUAUCCACUCGCUCGUCCAGUUCGUCCUGUGAGGACGCGGGUCAGACCAGUCGAGCAAGCCGGUGUUCUCCGAACACGUAUUAAUUAUAAUGAUGAUCGAGGGACUCGGCGUUUUCGCAAUUAAACACUACCAACAGUCUCUCGUUUCUCGAAUAACGACGCAAGUGUUCGUUCGUCUGCUGAGUGUCUUACGUACGAUUAGGUAAUAAUGUCGUUGUAAUAGGAGGGUGUUAGACACGCGAGGGGAAAGUGGACCACGAAUUUUUAUGCAGUAUCUUUUGCUGAUAGAAUCUAAAUAGGAUCUUUACUAAAAAUAAUUACUUUCGUCACUUGGCGUUUCGAAUACUUUUUAAUACUGUUAUAUCGCAUUUUUUCGGUACAAGACGGAUGUCCCAGUUUCUGUUCAGGUCACGAUUUCUAUUCACCGACGUCUUCUCCGAUAAUUUUGAGAUGCAACACGUAGAAUUAUAAGGAGAGAUGCCGGUGAGUGGAAAUUGUGACGUGAACAGAAAUUGGAACAUGUUCGUUACAAUCGUGUCUUUUAUAAGCGCAUAAAAAUACGCGGUCUGAUGAUCUGAAGCCUCGUCGAAAUCAAAAUAAUUAUAGAUACGCUUGGAAAAAUGUGGGAACGUAGAUUAACGCAACACUCGAUGAUAACUGCCCCUUUUAAAAUUCCGAUUCCGGAGUGCUUCUCAUUCUUUUUCUCGUCUGUUUUAAAUUCUAAUUUCUAUUUCUAUAAUUUUACCAUGACACUCCUUUUCUUUCUUUUUAAUAAAACACUUUUACACUUACAGCGUUCGUAGAAUGCUUUAAAUAAUUGAUAUCAAAUUGAGAUUUGAAUUGAUGUUUCAAUUUUCUUCUUCGUUCACGUAUAAAAUACGAACGUCGCUCUGGGAGAGUUUCCUCUAUCUCGUCACGAUUCUCCGGUGACGGUGUACUAUUUUUUAACAUCAUGCGAUGGAAUCGGAAAAUGAAAACGCCUUUUCACGUACACAGCUAUGCGAGUUCAGUUCGGUUGUUUUUAACGAGUUAACGUAACUUUUACGUAUACUUAGGUAGAUAUCGAAAACGAUGAAACGUGUUAAACGUGCUCACGUAGGGGGACUAGCCAGAAGCGCAACGUAAACGUCUGUGUUAUAGCCAGGUAUCUACACUAGCUGCGAUAAUGAUCACGUUUUCUCAAACGAGAACGAUACUUUUACACCGCUGCGUUUAAGUACUGGGUUCGGUGCGUAUGGAACGUCAUUUCGUUCCUCGAGUCCUUUACAAUAUUUAAUACAACUGAAAGGAGCAAUGACCGAUGAAUUACUUUAAUCUAAUUCACAAUACUCUAGAGGUACUACAACCAUUAAAUUAUAUCCUGAGAAAACGACGUUUCAUACGUACGACGAAACAAACGGAAAGGAGUAGUAAACGAGCACGGAUUAGGAUUGUACGUACUUUUAAGGAAAGCAGCUUUUGGAUUUUAUCUUCUUCCAAAAGUAGAAGCUAAAGGGAAGAUCAUCAAUUUUAACUUACUGACUUCGCCGAUCAAAUUUUUACGCCAGCAGUUGUACGCCCCGAAAAAAAAAACUUUAAUCCGGCCUCGCAGAUAAAAGGAAGAAGCAUACAAUAAAGAUGCGUAUCCUCUCGUGUCAUAUCCUCGUAUUGCACCAUCGUUGCAUACGUGCCAUGUACACCGUUCAUAAAUCUUAUGACUCAUUAUAAAACACUGUCUCUACCCUCGACGCAUACAGGCUGCCUUCGGUAAUAACGUAAAAUCUAAAGGGAUAUGACACGAGCGUGUUUAAUUAAGACGUGCAUAAUUAUUAGCAACCGGAUGCUAAGAAUAGUUGCAACGCAUGCUCAAGAAUUCAGUCGCCUUUCUUUUCUCCGGACAGUUUUCAUUUUUCGAUCGUUCUAAUCCAUAGAUACGAGAAAAUAGGCCCAGUACCUGAACGGGGAGCCAGGGAUGAAAGAUUCUUUCUUAUUCUAUCGAAGCACGUGUCCUUCAUCUUUUACGGGGUCAAUAAGAAUGCAUCGGGCGCUCGGUCUAUUCUCUCGUGUCUACGUUUUUAUCAACUCGAUAUAGUAAUCGGAACGAGGGACGAACGAAAACGUUCUCUCGGAUAUUUUUAGGUGAACCAUCAGUAAAAUACAUAUCCUUAAUGGCAUUUCUAUUAUUCAUUGUUAUGGUAGAUGUAGGGAAAACAAAUAAUUGUACAGUCGCUGUUUAUCGAAAAAUGAAUGGUUGAUAAUCCCCUUAGACUUACAAUUAGCCGCGUCUAUUUGGGGAUCCUUGUUACACCGGUGGUCUGAAGGGUUCAUGCUUCGAAUAUUUUUUAAUCUAGGUAUUUAUAGGUAGAGAUCCUUUUAGUCGAGGCGAAAACCUCGCAUUCGUAGGAAGCAGAUCCCAUUCGAUUUUUUUGCAUGUCCUGAAGGGUAAUAUGCAAAAAGAUCGAAUGGAAAAAUACUUCUUACGAAUGCGGGAUUUGCGCCUCCACUAUUUACCGAUACGUAGUGUUGCUCAAGAGCUUUCAACUUUUUUACUAACGAGCAUUCUACAAAGAGAAGCGUCCUUUCGGAAUCAAUUCUUCUGUCGAGUUAACAAACGGUUAAUUAAUUUGAAACAAACGAACGAGAAGAGAAAUCUGAACUUUGUUUCGCCGUUAAAACGUCCUCGUUAAUUAAGCUUUCGAGCGGUGACGUAUUUAUUAAAACAGCGUGGAUGCCUGUAGACUUCUUUUAACACGAGACUUUUAUCUUGACGAGUACAAUGGGACUUGGUGAUUUUUAUAAUUUAUUUCACGCCAGGAUUUGAACGACGACUGUUGUAAUUAAUAGAAGAAACUUAUUUUAUAUCUCGUAGUGUAACAUUUUUAUUUAUGCAUGAGAUGUCAGGGUGCACCUUACCAGGACAGUUGCUUCUUUUCGUACCUACUACUAGAUCUCGGCACCUUUUAAUCGCUUGCACCUCACUCAAGUAUUUAAUUAUUAAACGAAUCAAUGUCUUCUGUGAGUUAAAGUAGAAAGUUCCUAACGACGACGGUGUACAGAAUGUGAUUUACUAUUAUGAUUAGACCGCGGGUUUUCACGGAAAAUAAAUCGUUCGUAGAUCAAGAUUUCCUUUGACCUCCAAAAAUGGCGUAAGUUUUACUUUCGACGUUCUACACAUUUAUAUCUUCUGCACGUCUCAUUUUCGUACGAAUACAUAAAAUCCGCGGUCUAAUUAUAACUGAUUAUUGUGAUCACAUCUUUAGAAGAAAUUGGUAUCGAUAUAGUACAAAGUAAAGGCUAUGUACAUACGUGGGUGGAAUUGAAUGCGUCGACCAGAUUGCGAAAGAAAAUUCAUGCUAUGAAAAGAAAUGUCAUGCAGUUUAUUGAAUGAAAAAAGACGAUACCCCGGUUUCCUUUCAUCGCUAAUUCUGUUGCAUCGUUUUAACGUCAAUCGUGUAAUUAUUAUUUUCGUCAACAUUUGGGAAAGUUUAACUAACAAUGAAUGAUUUAUGAAAGAAUAUUUUCUUUAAAAUAGGUCACCAAUUAUACACUAUAUCGAUUUAUGAUAAUAAUGUAAACGUCUGUGACUGUAUAUACAACCGAAACGAUACACUUAUAACUUUUUACCCGAUUUUUUAUCGCCAAAUCAUAUGAUUCGCUCCGGUCUACGCUCUUUAAACGAGACAUCGCUAUUUGAACAAUGUACAAAAGAAUUGCGGACGAGUAAAUUAUAAUAUGCAGUCAAUUCUGAAUUACGCAACGCAGUUAUAUAAAAUGUUCAUUGCGGUAUAACGUUGACCCGUUGCAAAGCGUCGUCGGUGAUCUUGGUCGUAUAAGUUAACUUUAUUUUCAAUCGCUUUAAGGCCUAGGGACGACCGUAGCUAUGUAAAAAAACAAAAACGAAUAAAGUUGCAAACUUGCCAA